GCUCGCCCGCUCUGCACCGCCCCGGGACAGCUCUGGGGCCAGGCCCGCCCGCUCUGCACCGCACCGGGGCCGCCGCCGGCCACGCACUAUCGCCUGGUGUACACCUGCAAGGUGUGCCAGACCCGCUCGGCCAAAUCCAUCUCUAAGGCUGCCUACCACCGAGGGGUGGUGAUCGUGACAUGUCCUGGCUGCGGGAACCACCAUGUCAUCGCCGAUAACCUGGGCUGGUUCUCCGACCUGGAGGGAAAGAGACUGUCGCUGUCUGGGAUCCAAAUAAAUUGGUGUGAAGCUGCAGCCGAAGCUGUGGGAUACACAGGGAUCCUUAUUGCUGCCAGCAGGAAUAUCGAGGAGAUCCUGGCUGCCAAAGGGGAGAAGGUGAGACGUGUGGCUGGUGAGGAAGCCCUGGAACUGCUGCUGGAAAGCUCGGCAGAGCCCAGGCCCCAAGGUCAGCUGGCAGAGGGGGAUGGCGGGGAAGCCCCCCCAGAUCCUGGCAGCAAGGGACACACCUGACACGAGGGAUUGUGGCCUGUGGGACAGAUGUGACACGUGGCAUUGUGGCCUGUGGGACAGACCUGCCAUGUGGGAUUUGGAUCAUUCUGCUUGUGGCAAGAGACUGUUCACCUUCAUUCUCUGAUUUCAACUGUUUGUUUUUAAAAUAAACUUGGGCUUGGGUUUUCUCUGUUGUGUCUUUGCCUGGUGUAGUUUGCCUUUGAUCAAGCUGGUAUCUUUAGAGAUGGUUGUGGAUUUUUUUUGCUCUUUUUUCUGGUACUUGUUUUGCUGACUUUCAGGCAAUAAUUUCCAGUGCCUCA